UUCUGCUUGCAGUCUCUCUCUCACCCAGACAUGAGCUGCUCACUUUACCCCUUGCACAACACGUUUGAUUUUCCGGGCCACAUGGAACGAUGUGUAAUGUAAAUGUCAGCAAUGUAUAUCAGGCCUGUAACAGUAUGUACACCUUCACAACGCCUUUUCUUUCCUCUGAAGCAGCUGAAGAGAACUUCUGCCUUCAGCAACAUGAGACUCAGAUCAUACCACAUGCAGCAACACUCAGCAACAGGAACUCUAUGGCACAAUCCACAGUGCCUUGGGCAGCGUAGUGUCAAAUCCCAGCUCAGCUACCUCACUGGAAGACACUUGAUGGAGCAGAAGAGGCCCAAGACACAUAGGUUUCAGUCCUGCCUGAUGUUUUGCCUAAAGGAGAGCGUGAGGAUGGAGCACAAGCGGCCCGGAGGAGCCGACAGCCCACUGGAAACCACGGAGAGCAAGCUGAGAGAACUGGCCCUCAAAUGGUUCACCGAGACACAGGCUCCUCUCAUCCUGCACGAAGGAAACUUCCCUGCCUGGUUUCAGGGCUUCAUCAGCAGAAAGGAUGCAGAAGAUCAUCUGAGAGAUAAAGAAGUGGGCUGCUUCCUUAUUCGUCUUAGUGACAAAGCCACUGGAUAUAUCCUGUCUUAUAAGGGACGGGAGCGGUGUCGGCAUUUUGUCAUCAACCAGAAUAAGGAGGGGCAGUUCAUCGUGACGGGAGACACCGAGAUGCACGAUACACUCACCAGCCUGAUCCAGUAUUACAAGACCAGACCAAUCGAGCCAUAUGGGGAAUAUCUAACAAUGUCUUGUUUCGAGUCAUCUACGAGUGAUCUGUAUGAUGUGGUGCAGUUUGAGCCGAAGGAAAAGCCAAGGGUAAAUGUAAAGGCAGCAAAGCACCUGUGGGACCAGCGUGCUGAACAUCCCCCCAGCCAGCAUCAACAGCCUCCGACAGUGCCGUUCAGGAACAGCAGACCCAUUCAGGCUGUGCCUCCAGUCCCGAAAAGAUGCUCCCCGCCCAAGAUGAAAUCUCUGGAGGAGAAAAGCAGCUCUGGAAGCAAGGUGCUCUACGCUCAGCUGGAGAAGCUCAAGCCCAAAGACAGAGACAGCGAGUUUAAAGCUCUAGCCCAGAGGAGCGCUGCUCCAGGAUCAGGCACUGUAUACUCCGAACUCAGCCUAUCAGACUGCAGGAGCAGAUCUCUCCCACUCCUGGAUGAUAACACACAGGAAGACCACUCAUACAGGCUAAACACACCCUCCCCUAGCCCACCUCAGCUAUCCCCUAACCUCCAGAGACAGGACGCCAGGAAGUCGCCAAGCCAGGCGCCGCCAAGCCACAGCCACAGUCUGGAUAAGCUAUGUGAUAAUAACUCCUUCUAUCAGCUGGCCGGAAAACCCAGCAACCUCAGAGACCCCAAGCAAGCUGUACCUGUGAAAACGCAGCAGGACACAGAUGUUACAUAUGCUGAGGUGCCUCUGGAUCCCAUGCUGAACCGUUUCCGCAAGGAGGAGAACAUGUAUGAGCAGAUACCUGAACCACGACACACUCCCAUCACUAAAGGCUCUUCAGCACAAGGGUCUUCAGGAAACACCUACGAGACACUAGAGGACUGCAAACCAAAGUCCAACGAGUCAACAUGGGGCUUGAAGGCUGACAAAUGGAAAUGGUUGCUACCGGAACACUGGAAAAAAUGAAGCAGUCCUCACCUACUAAACCAGCUGUUACAGAAAAACACACACAACAUAAGAGUUACACUAACAGACUGUUUAUACACUUUAUUUAUAGAAAGACUAUCUGUGAUACAUUCAAAUGGAAACUGUUUUUUAAUUGUUUUACACUGUGUGCUUUAUUUUCAUAAAUAUUUAUUAACUUAAUAAAAAUAUAAUUUUUUAAGAAAUUGUUGUUCUUUUUAAUGUGUAAAAACCCAU